AUGGUGUCUGGUCCGUCUGUGCCUUGCUCUUCCGCUCAGGCGGCCUCCCCAGCCAUGGAGGGAGGAUCACACCGGAAAGAACGGUUGCCUUCAAAGGUCGGACUCCUUUUUCUGCACUUUGUUGCCACUAUAGUAGUUUUCUCGAGUUCUCUAUCGUUGCCUGGCAUAGGCGCGCUAGCCACGUCGUCCGCGUCCUUCGUGUGUGAGGUAAGUGCGCCUUCUACUACGUGUACCUGCUCUGAACAGCAAGCUGGGGACAGCACGAACAACGGAUCGGCUACGCUGUCGAAGGAUACCCACACUCUCAAGGUGAAAUGCGGUGAGACGCUUCAGUUUCCAUCUGCCGUAGACAACGGCGCGAUGGUCUGUCCAGCAGAGUUUAACACACUGGACGACUGCACGCUUGACAUUCUCAAGCUUCUUGGCGGAGCACCGAAAGACGUCAAGUGGAAGGCGUGCGAUACGCAGGAAAGAAAUGGCAAACCAAGCUGCCAGACUCUGACUAUUCCCCAGGAUAACCUUCCAUUUGUCGACGAGUCCUUUGCUGUGGGGUGUGCCACGGUCAACAACGGCAAGGUAUGCAAAAUCCCCGUGACAAUGAAGGCCAGAGCUAGCGAGACAAACGGUCAGACUGUCACCUGUGCAUAUGGCGCCGACAGCAACACGUCUCGUCAAGCCGUGACUCUCAGUCCAUCCAAGAACAGCUUCACUCUGGUCUGUGGAGACAAGGGAACCGUGUUGCCCACGAACUACGAUACUAAGUUUUGCUACUCGGAUCCAGAUGACACGAGUACGACAUGCGACGGAGACUACCAGUCGAUUCUGCCGGGAUUCGAGAACAGCUGGUGGAAAAAGGUCGCUCCCACCGCCAAUUCGUUCACUUUGUCGAUUCCGGUGGAGAAGUUCCCGAAGGAGCCGGCGAAGAUGGUAGUCGCAUGCCAACAGAUUACAAAGAUCGCCGACAGCAAGGGCGUUGCAGAAGGCGCGGCAACAUCCAGCGUGUGUAGAGUCGACGUUACUAUUGAGGCCGGUUCUCCUGCCUCCUUGUCACUGGGGCCGUGGCAUUUGUCAUCUUGUCUUCUGGCAUUCGCCGUCACCCUGGUGAUGGCUCGCAGCAUGUGA